UGGGAGAGGGGCAGGUGCAGCUAAUAAUUUGCCCCUCUCCCUUGCUGGCGCUCAGGAUGUGAUUCCAGCCGCUGGUCCCUCCAGUUCUUGGAUUCUCGCUGAAUAGGCCUGUUUCCCUCUUUGUGGAGGAGGGAGGGGUUUGCUGGGAGCCCCUCUAAUUUGCAUAUUGGGGGGGCUGGGGACCGUGGGGCAGGGGAUUGCUCUGUAUUUCCUGCUAUGUGGGGGUAGCAGGCUCUGCGGAUAUUGGACUACAGGAUAAAUUGGGAGGGGGGGGAAUUGGUAUCUGCUCUCAGUGGGGACCCUCCUUUUUGGAGCUCACCUCCCAUUCUGUUUGGGGGUGGCUCCAUUUCCAGCUUGAAAAUGGAGUUCAAUACACCCCUGAAAGGGCAUGAGGAAGCUGUAUCACCCCCUUUAGCUGGGCUGAAAUCUAGGGGGGGCUGCAGGGUUGUAGAUGAUGUGGGUGCUCCUAGCCCUAUGUUGGGGGUGCCUAUCCUUUUGCAGCACCCCAAAACUUGUGAUAGGGUGCCUUGUUGUUAGUGACUUCCCCUGCUCAGGGGCUGGAGGGAGGCAUCUCUUGGAAUGAAGCCAGGUGGGGCCUCUUGAAAUCAGUAUGACAUACAGCAGUGCGCCCAUGGAUUGUGCUUCCCAUCUUGCCUGGAUGUGAGCCCAAAAAGGGGUGUGAUCCCCACUUUCAUAACCAGUGAAUCCUGCUGUCCCCCUAAUCCAGCUGGGAAACCCCACCUUGGUGUGUAUCCCUAACCUGUCCCAAUUAAGGUUUCAGCCCCUUGAAAUCCCCACUUCUGAGCCCAAUUUCACCUCUUCUAGUGUUUAUAUUUAAAGAUGUUUUUAAAGGUGUGUGACUUGCAGCUGUGUCAGAGUGUUUAAUGAUCUGCCUGCCAGGAAGGGUGCUGUGAUGCAGGGAUGGGAGUGGGGUCUGGUGUGUGUAGCGAGGGACCUGGGGGCCAGGACUCCUGGGUUCUUUCCUGGCUCGGGGAGUGGAGUCUAGUGAUUGUAGUGCAGGGUGGGGGAUGCUGUCUGUCAAUACUUUGUGGUUAAAUGAACAGAAUCCCCCUCUGUGGGAGCAGUACUGGGGAUCUGCACCAGAUGGCUGAUCAUUCCAUCCAGCACAGAGGAGAGUCAGAGAUUGGACCGCAACGCUUCCAGCAGAGGGCUUCACGGUUGGAGCAAAAGAGAUCCACUACCCACUCUCACAGACCUAUGCAGGCUGUCCCUGCUUUUAAGUGUCAGACAAAACACCCCCUUGCAGAGAGAGGGAAACUGAGGCAGGGCAGGAGGUCCCAGUGCAAACCAGUCAGCCCAGCAUGGAUCAGUACAGCAUCCUGGGCAGGAUCGGGGAAGGCGCCCACGGCAUUGUCUUCAAAGCCAAGAACGUAGAGACAGGGGAGACGGUGGCAUUGAAAAAGGUCGCUCUGCGGAGACUGGAGGACGGGAUCCCGAACCAGGCGCUGCGGGAGAUCAAAGCGCUACAGGAGAUUGAGGAGAAUCAGCAUGUGGUGAAGCUGAAGGCCGUGUUCCCCCACGGCGCAGGCUUCGUGCUGGUGUUCGAGUACAUGCUGUCAGACCUGGCCGAGGUGAUCCGCAAUGCCCAGCAGCCCCUGACACAGGCCCAGGUGAAAGGCUACAUGCUCAUGCUGCUGCAGGGGGUGGCCUUCUGCCAUGCCAAUAACAUCAUGCACCGGCAGGAUCUGAAACCAGCUAAUUUACUCAUCAGCUGUACGGGGCAGCUGAAGAUUGCGGAUUUCGGCCUCGCCAGGGUGUUCUCCAGUGACGCAGGCCGGCUCUACAGUCACCAGGUGGCCACCAGGUGGUACCGUGCCCCGGAGCUCCUGUACGGCGCCCGGAAGUAUGACGAAGGGGUGGAUUUGUGGGCUGUGGGCUGCAUUUUUGCUGAGCUGCUGAACAACUCACCCCUCUUCCCCGGGGAGAAUGACAUUGAACAGCUCUGCUGUGUGCUCCGGGUGCUGGGGACCCCGAGCCAGCGCAUCUGGCCGGAGAUCACGGAGCUCCCUGACUACAACAAGAUCUCGUUCAAAGACAACCCGCCCAUCCCGCUGGAGGAGGUGCUGCCCGACGCCCCACCACUGGCCCUGCAGCUGCUCAAGCACUUUCUGGUCUACCCUUCCCGGGAGCGUGUGAAGGCAGCCCAGGCAUUGCUGCAUCCCUAUUUCUUCACCCCCCCGCUGCCCACCCACCACUCGGAGCUCCCCGUUCCCCAGCGGGGGGGCAGGACAGCCCGGCAGGGACCCCAGCACCAGCGCGACUUCCACGUCGAGCGGCCCGUGGCGGAGUCUGUGGUGGACCCCGAAUGGGUGGCCCCUUAUGUUGUGUGAGGGUGAAGAUGGGACGUGGGGGCCUGUCCCCUCUAGGGAGUGCUGGUUCCCACCCAGCCCCAGGGCAGGGACUGGCUGGUUGGGCCGGGGGGAGAUGGGGCACGGGGCCAUUUCCCUCUGGGGGGUGCCAGCUCCCACCCAGCCCCAACGUGGGGACUGGCUGACUCAGGAGGGUGGGGAACAGGGUGCAGGGACUAUCCCCUCAAGGAGACACAGGCUCUGAUCCAGCCCUGUGGAGGGUGAAGAUUAGCCCCAGUUCCCUAUAUAGUCCUUGUAAUAGGGACCCCAAAUCUGUCUGUCCCCCCAGCAUCUCCCCCUCUGGUUCCUGGUGCUCUCAGGACUCUAUGGUGUCACUGAGCUUUGUAAUUAAACGGCUCUCAUUUACUGUGAA